GUCACGAACUUCCACGUCAUCAAGGACCUGGGCCCUGGCAACCUGUCUGUGAUUUUUCUGGACUCGAACACCUACAGCUCGGACGACCCGCCGCAGCGCCAGGUGGUCGACGGCGAGGUUGUGGGGGCCGACCCAGCCUCGGACACCGCCGUGCUGCGCAUCCUGCGCAGCGGCACGGAGCCCCGCAUGCAGAAACUGCCCCGGAGCACGUCUGCCCGGCUCGAGGUGGGCCAGACCGUCUACGCCAUAGGGAACCCUUUCGGUCUGGAGCACUCCAUGAGCAAGGGCAUCAUCGCCGGCAUCGCGCGGACCCUGGACAUCGGCGAGCGCCCGAUACGAGGCUGCAUCCAGACAGACGCGACCAUCAACCCGGGCAACUCUGGAGGUCCGCUGCUGGACUCCGCGGGCCGCGUCAUCGGCGUCAACACCGCCAUCCUGACCAACACGGGCCUCUCUGCCGGGGUCGGCCUGGCGAUCCCGAUAGAUCUGG